AUGAGAAAUGUCACUGUAGAAAUUGUCAAGAGAAAAACCAACUCUGCUGUUAGAUUUGAACCUAUGAACUCCUGCUUGAAUGAACUUACAACUGUAAGUCUGACAUUGCAGCGUGAGGACAUUGAUUUAAGUAGUACAGUGACCAAGCAACAAGCAUCAGAGCUGAACUUGAAAUAUAUACAUGCCAAUCAAAGCCAGGUCCUCGAUGAUAGUCCACUUGAUAAUGAUACAGAUAGUUACAUGUACAAGGAAUCCACACUACAGAACUUCAUUCCAGAUGAAACAUUGAUUAGGCAUAAGAAACAGAUUGUGCAAAGCAUGCUUGAUUGGCUUCAUGUCAGGUACAACCUGGUUAUGUAUGACUGGUACAACCUGGUUAUGUAUGACAGGUACAACCUGGUUUUGCAUGACAGGUACAACAUGGUUAUGUGUGAGAGGUACAACCAGGUUAUGUAUGACAGGUAUAACCUGGUUAUGUAUGACAGGUACAACCAGGUUAUGUAUGACAGGUAUAACCUGGUUAUGUAUGACUGGUACAACCUGGUUAUGUAUGACAGGUACAACCUGGUUAUGUAUGACAGGUAUAACCUGGUUAUGUAUGACAGAUAUAACCUGGCUAUGUAUGACUGGUACAACCUGGUUAUGUAUGACAGGUACAACCUGGUUAUGUAUGACUGGUACAACCUGGUUAUGUAUGAUAGGUAUAACCUGAUCAUGUAUGACAGGUAUAACUUAAUUAUGUGUGACAUGUGUAACCUGAUCAUGUAUGACAGGUAUAACCUGAUCAUGUAUAACAGGUAUAACCUGAUCAUGUAUGACAGGUGCGAUAUGAUCAUGUGUGACAGGUAUAACCUGAUCAUGUAUGACAGGUAUAACCUGAUUAUGUAUGACAUGGGUAACCUGAUCAUGUAUGACAUUGGUAACCUGAUCAUGUAUGACAGGUAUAACCUGAUUAUGUGUGACAUGUGUAACCUGAUCAUGUAUGAGAGUCAUAACCUGAUCAUGUAUGACAUGUGUAACCUGAUCAUGUAUGACAUGUAUGACCUGAUUAUGUGUGACAUGUGUAACCUGAUCAUGUAUGACAGGUAUAACCUGAUUAUGUUUGACAUGUGUAACCUGAUCAUGUACGACAUGGGUAACCUGAACAUGUAUGACAGGUAUAACCUGAUCAUGUAUGACAGGUAUAACCUGAUCAUGUAUGACAUGGGUAACCUGAUCAUAUAUGACAGGUAUAACCUGAUAAUGUGUGGCAUGUGUAACCUGAUCAUGUAUGACAGGUAUAACCUGAUCAUGUAUGAGAGGUUUAACCUGAUUAUGUAUGACAGAUGUAACCUGCUUAUAUGUGACAUGUGUAACCUGAUCAUGUACGACAUUGGUAACCUGAUUAUGCAUGACAGGUAUAACCUGAUCAUGUGUGACAUGUGUAACAUGAUCAUGUUUGACAGGUAUAACCUGAUCAUGUAUGACAUGGUUAACCUGAUCAUGUAUGACAUUCGUAACCUGAUCAUGAAUGACAGGUAUAACCUGAUUAUGUUUGACAUGUGUAACCUGAUCAUGUAUGACAGGUAUAACCUGAUCAUGUGUGACAUGUGUAACCUGAUCAUGUUUGACAUUGGUAACCUGAUCAUGUAUGACAUUGGUAACCUGAUCAUGUAUGACAGGUAUAACCUGAUCAUGUAUGACAUGUGUAACCUGAUUAUAUGUGACAUGUGUAACCUGAUUAUGUGUGACAUGUGUAACCAGAUCAAUUAUGACAUGUGUAACCUGAUCAUGAAUGACAGGUAUUACUUGAUAAUAUAUGACAUGUGUAUUCUGAUCAUGUAUGACAGGUAUAACCUGAUCAUGUGUGACAUGUGUAACCUGAUCAUGUAUGACAGGUAUAACCUGAUCAUGUAUGACAUGGGUAACCUGAUCAUGUAUGACAUUAGUAACCUGAUCAUGUAUGACAGGUAUAACCUGAUUAUGUUUGAUAUGUGUAACCUGAUCAUGUAUGAUAGGUAUAACCUGAUCAUGUGUGACAUGUGUAACCUGAUCAUGCAUGACAGGUAUAACCUGAUCAUGUAUGACAUUGGUUACCUGAUCAUGUAUGACAGGUAUAACCUGAUCAUGUAUGACAUUGGUAACCUGAUCAUGUAUGACAGGUAUAACCUAAUAAUGUGUGAAAUGCGUAACCUGAUCAUGUAUGACAUUAGUAACCUGAUCAUGUAUGACAGAUGUAACCUGAUUAUAUGUGACAUGUGUAACCUGAUCAUGUAUGACAGGUAUAACCUGAUUAUGUGUGACAUGUGUAAACUGAUCAUGUAUGACAUGUGUAACCUUAUUAUGUGUGACAUGUGUAACCUGAACAUGUAUGGCAUGUGUAACCUGAUCAUGUAUGACAUGUGUAACCUGGUUAUGUGUGACAUGUGUUACCUGAUUAUGUAUGACAUGUGUAUUCUGAUCAUGUAUGACAUGUAUGACAAAUUUAAGCGCAAAUAA